GUCUCUCUCAUCCAAAUUUGAAAUUUGAAAUAUCGUCGAAGAAGAGCUGCGAUCUACGAUGAAGAUGAACAAAGCCUGCGAUCUGAAAUCGAUUUCGGUAUUUCCUCCUAAUUUAAGAAGGAGAUCGAGCGUUGGACCCUCCGAGCCGCAAGCAUCGCAGGGACCUUCUUCUCAGAUGACUCAGAGCUCUGUCGAUCAGCUCUAUGAUCAGAGAUUUACUUGUCAAGAACGAGAUCUCUCUUUGAAGAAGAAUAGUUUCUUGGCCCCGGUUAAUCAUAAACGAGAUGAUACUCAGAUGCUUUCAUCUCGACCUUCCAGCGGAAGAUGGAGUUCUGUUUCCCUUGGAGAUUCUAAAUCUCAGAUUAGUGAAGAACGCUUUGGGAUGAUGGAAACUUCGUUGAGCAAGUUUGGAAUGAUGCUGGAUUCCAUUCAGAGUGACUUCAUUCAAGCCAACCGAGGAACUAAGCAAGUAUUUCUCGAAACUGAACGCCUACGCCAAAAGUUGAUUCUCCAAGACACUUCCCUUCAGCAGCUGAUAAAGGAACAAACAGAUGUUAAAGCCAGUCUUGAUGGAGCUGUUAAAUCUAUUCUGGAGGAACUAACCAAAUCUCCUAAUCAAGAGAAGCUGCAGAAAAUAGCUUUGAUGCUAACAGCUAUCCCGGAGCAAUUAGAAACCUCUCUGCAGAAAAUACAAAGCGAAAUCUGCCACAAGCUUACCGGAGAGAUUCAGGUUUUGGCUAGCUUGAAGAUGACUGAGCCAGUAAUAGCUCAGGAGGUUCCAACAGCACCACAAGUGAAGAAGUCUAAGGAAAACUUGCAUGAGCAGCGUGGUCCAGCAGCCAAGCUGCAGAGCAGUGCCUUUUGUGAUGCUAUACUGAAAACGAAACAACCUCAGCUUCAUAGAAAUCCAGAUAAGACAUCAGCGAGGAAUGUAAAAACAUUUUUAUCCCCAAAGACACAAGUGGGAUGUUGGAAGACGGUGAAACCAGCACAAAGAACGUUAAAGAAUAACGCAGCAAGAAAGCAAGUGAAACCUGUAGGCGAUCGUACGCAGUUUGAGGAAUGCAGCAUUGUCAUAGACUCAGAUGAAGAUAUGGAUGAAGGCUUUUCAUGCUUGCUGAAAGGGAACACCAAAGGAGCUAGCUUCGAAUGGGAUGCAGAGAAGGAAACGGAAAGGCUGCUGAAGACAGCGAGGAGGACAAGGAGGAAGUUCGGUAACCCCAUAAUAAUAAACUGAAAGCAAAGGUGAAGGCAUGUCUAAAGAUAUCAAUCACAAAUGUGAAGGAUCUAAACUUGUAGUGAACUUUUCAUUAUAACAUAUACGGUGUAUAUAUUUUCUCAUUUAUGUUGUAAA